AACUUCGCGUCGACUUGUUCUCACCACUUCAACGCUACACUCCACGGCCAUGUCGCUCGAGGACGCUGCGCGCGCGUGGCUUGCUUGGCUUUCGGCGUUGACCCUCGGACAGAUCUGGGCCGCCCUCUGCAACCCGCCCGACAAGUUGUGGAAGACGGCCCUCUUCCUCGCCGCGUUCGCCUGGUCUGUCCCGGAGUACUGGGGUCGCUUCAGGAAGUGGCACCGCGGCCGCAAGCGCGUCAAGUAUGUGUGGCCUGCUCCCAAGGAAGCCUCGCCGACCUGGCACGGCGAGGUGAUCACCAACCCCGACCUGUUCGCGCACAAGCGCAACCCCGCGCUGCUCCCGCCUCACGCGUCGAGCGAGUUCGAGUAUAUCACGUGCUACGACCCCUCCUCCGGCGAGCACAUUGAGACACGCCGCCUUCCCACCGUCGAAGACAUUGCGCGGCAGGUAGCCCGCGCCGACGCGGCGCAGCCCAAGUGGGCGCGCACGACGUUCGCGCAGCGCGCCAGCGUGCUCCGGAGCAUCAAGGCGUGGAUUUUGCGCGACAUGGAGUCCAUCGUUGCGGUCGCGUGCCGCGACACGGGCAAGACUUGCGUCGAUGCCAUGUUCGGCGAGGUCUUGACGACGCUGGCUAAGAUUGACUGGCUCGUCAAGAAUGCUGAGAAGGUGCUCAAGCCGGAGCGCCGCGCACUGUCGCUGCUGCUCGCUCACAAGGUCUCAGAGGUCCACUACGAGCCCCUAGGUACCGUCCUCGCCUGUGUGUCGUGGAACUACUCGUUCCACAACGCGCUCUCGCCCAUCCUUGCUGCGCUCAUGGCCGGCGACGCCAUCGUCGUCAAAUGCUCCGAGCAGGUCGCCUGGAGCUCGGAUUGGUUCAUCGGCGGCGUCAAGGCUUGUCUUCGCGCGUGUGGGCACAAUGCCGACAUCGUGCAGCUUGCCGUGUGCCUUCCCGCCGUGGCCCAAACGCUGACCACCAACCCGACCAUCAAGCAUGUCACCUUCAUCGGCUCAGAGCCUGUUGGCCGCAAGGUCGCUGCGGCCGCCGCCUCUAACCUAGCAGGGACGACUAUCGAGCUGGGCGGCAAGGACCCCGCCUUUAUCCUCCCCUCUGCUGACCUCAAAUUCUUCGCCUCACUGUGGAUGCGUGGUGCCUUCCAGAGCGCCGGUCAGAACUGCAUUGGCGUCGAGCUCUUCCUCGUCCCCCGCUCCCGGCAACAGGAGUUCAUCGACCUUCUUCUCCCCCGCGUCAAAGCACUCCGCGUUGGCGUUGACGUGGGCUCCUUGAUCUCCCACGCGCCGAUCGGGCGCCUCGAGAAGAUCAUCCAGGCUGCGCAGGACGGAGGCGCCCGCGUUCUCGCCGGCGGAGAGCAGUAUAUCCACCCUGACCAGCCGCAGGGCGCAUACUUCGCCCCGACGCUCAUCGCCGAUGUCACCCUCGACAUGGAGAUUGCGCGCGAAGAGCUCUUCGCCCCCGUCAUGACGGUGGUGCCGUACGACGAUGUGGACGAGGCGCUCGCCAAGCUCCGCGGCAGCCGCUUCGGGCUGGGCGGAAGCGUGUACGGUGCGAAGCGCAAGGAGUGCAUGCACGUCGCGAAGGCGCUGCAGUGCGGCAUGGUGUCGCUGAACGACUUUGGCGUCUUCUACCUCAACCAGGACAUGCCGUUCGGCGGCGUCAAGGCGAGUGGCUACGGCCGCUUUGCCGGCCCCGAGGGCCUGCGCGGCCUGUGCUACCCCAAGGCCGUGAUUGAGGACCGCCUCUUCUCGCUUGUCCGCACAAGCAUCCCUGCGCCCGUCGACUUUCCCCUGCCGCCCGGUGACAAGCCGUGGGUGUUCCUCAAGGGCCUCGUGUUCUUUGCAUAUGGCCGCGGAAUGGCGCGCGUCAAGGGGCUGUUCGACGUGGUCCGCAUGGCCGUAGCGUAGAUGUCGGUAGAGCAGGUAGAGAGUCGUUAGAUAGAGAUGUCGGAUCUGUGGUUGUGUUUC